AUGGGAAUCAUUCAGAAGAAGCUGCUUGAUCAAUGUUUGUGCAUUCUUGAAAUUUGGAAAGCCACCAUUGCCCAAAUCGUUCCCUUUGCCGCUUCGAUUCCUCUCGAUUUUAUGCUAACUUACCGAAUUCUGAAAACAAACCGGACCGUCAAUCAGACAAGUGAACGCUUUCUGCUGGCACAGAUUAUUGCCAACAACGUCCCAUUCACCUUUGUUUAUGUGAUAGGUCCAUUGGUUUUUAUUAGUUUUACAGACACUGUCAUUUCCGAUUUUUUCUAUUAUUUUGGAAACUUGCUCACAAAUUCGUUGGGACAUUGCUUUCAAGGUCUUGUCACAAUUUAUCUACUGGAUCAAGUUAAAUCGAAAAUCGCAUCGCAAGAAGUGAAACAAACUCUUUUCUCAUGCACAUCAAAUGCUGAAGUGGAAGGCUCAAGUUGUGAGGAUUUCUCGCCGCGCGAUGAUGCCGCAAUAUACUGUUUCACCAUUCUUUGUGGAAUCCUCUCAGCUGACUCGCUCAAAGAUGUUUGGAUGAUUUCCGUUUACGUUCAAACGAUUGCCCCAAAAUCUUUGCCGAAGCUAAGAAAACUGGCUACUGAAAAGAAGAUGAACAUUAUUCAGACUCUUUUCUCAUGCACAUCAAAUACUGAAGUGGAAGGCUCAAGUUGUGAUUUCUCGAGCGACGAUGCCGCAAUCUUGCAAGCGUUAGAUCGAACCGUUGAUCAAAUCCAAGAACAUGCUCACUCAGCAACAACUUCAAAG